AUCACAAAGCUAACAACAACAACAACGAACCUUGUCAUCGCGUUAGUUCACUAAAGUGUAGUUACAUUCACCACAGCGAGAACGUCGCUUGGUAUAAUAUCUUUUCUUUAUCUAUAAAAACGCCAAUUUGUUCAUUUAGUACGUGCUCUGAUUGUUAGCAUUUGGCUAAAAUACAGGGUUUAGUUGUUUUUGAAGCAAGGCCUGAACCGGCAACGAAAAGCAACAGCCAGGUAACUUUUCUGAGCGAAAAGCUCCGCGGACCGAACCGCGACAUUAAGCAGCUGCUUUACCCGUCAUAGCUGAGCGCUAGUCAUCAAAAUGAGAGGUUCGUACGGAGACAGAGGUAGAGACCGUGGCCGUGACAGAGGCAGCCCUCGUUUCGGGUCCAGCAGAGGCGGCCCACCGCCGGGCAAAAAGUUUGGGAACCCCGGGGACCGUUUACGAAAGAAGAGAUGGGACCUAGAUGAUCUUCCCAAGUUUGAGAAGAACUUCUAUAGUGAACACGUGGAAGUGCAGCGAUUGAGCCAGUAUGAUGUUGAGGAGUACCGCAGAAAGAAAGAAAUUACUGUUCGAGGUUCGAACUGCCCAAAACCUGUCACCAACUUUCAUCAGGCACAGUUUCCCCAAUAUGUCAUGGAUGUACUGAUGCAGCAGAGCUUCAAAGAGCCCACAGCCAUUCAGGCACAAGGUUUCCCUCUGGCCCUCAGCGGGAGAGACAUGGUGGGCAUUGCUCAGACUGGCUCUGGGAAGACCUUAGCGUAUCUCCUGCCUGCUAUAGUGCACAUCAACCAUCAGCCCUACUUGGAACGUGGAGAUGGACCAAUUUGCUUGGUUCUGGCUCCCACAAGAGAACUGGCGCAGCAGGUCCAGCAGGUGGCAUACGACUAUGGAAAGUCAUCCCGCAUCAAAAGUACUUGUGUGUAUGGGGGCGCGCCAAAGGGACCUCAAAUCCGAGACCUGGAGAGAGGUGUUGAGAUCUGCAUUGCCACACCGGGCCGUCUGAUUGACUUCCUUGAAGCUGGAAAGACCAACCUGCGACGCUGCACAUACUUGGUUCUGGAUGAAGCCGACCGCAUGCUAGACAUGGGUUUUGAACCGCAGAUUCGCAAAAUUGUGGACCAAAUCAGGCCCGACAGACAGACCCUGAUGUGGAGCGCUACUUGGCCUAAAGAGGUUCGGCAGCUGGCAGAGGACUUCCUGAAGGACUAUGUCCAAAUCAAUAUUGGAGCACUGGAGCUCAGUGCUAACCAUAACAUCCUUCAGAUUGUUGAUGUCUGUAUGGAGAAUGAGAAGGACCACAAGUUGAUCCAGCUGAUGGAGGAGAUAAUGGCUGAGAAAGAGAACAAGACCAUCAUCUUUGUGGAGACGAAGAAACGAUGUGACGACCUCACACGCAGGAUGAGACGUGAUGGGUGGCCAGCGAUGUGUAUUCAUGGUGACAAGAGCCAGCCAGAGAGAGACUGGGUGUUGUCAGAGUUCCGUAGCGGCAAAGCUCCUAUCCUCAUCGCUACUGACGUCGCCUCCCGUGGUUUGGAUGUGGAGGAUGUCAAGUUUGUCAUCAAUUACGACUAUCCCAACUCAUCAGAGGACUACAUCCAUCGCAUCGGCCGCACAGCCCGUAGCACUAACAAAGGCACUGCCUACACCUUCUUCACUCCGGGGAACCUCCGCCAGGCCCGUGAACUGAUCCGGGUGCUGGAGGAGGCCCGACAGGCCAUAAAUCCCAAACUGCUGGAGCUGGUUGACACUGGACGUGGAGGAGGUGGCCGCUCCCGUUUCCGUAGCAGCUCUAAUUCUAACAAUCCCAAUCUGAUGUACCAAGACGAGUGUGAUCGGCGAAUGCGUUCCGUGGGCGGGGGUGGCAGCUCUAAGGACAACCGAGGCACUAGCAACUACAGCCGAGAUAGCCGCGGAGGGAGCAGCCGGGAUGGAGACCGCUCCUCUUCUUACAGAGAUCGCAGUAGCAGGGAUGGAGGACAUGGCUACGGCUCCAACUCAUACGACCAGUACCAGAACAACAAAAAACAGUCCGGCAGCCCCAGGGGCGCCGCUGGGUCAGGAGCUGGUGGAGCAGGGCAGGCCCCGCUUCCUUCGUCAGGCCCCCAGCCUCUGAUGGCCCAGCAGUUCAACCCUCCUCAGCCUAUGAUGGGCUUGAUGGGACACUCGCCAUUCCAGUUUGCUCCUCCACCACCACCACCUCCCUCAGGCAGAAAGUAAACACACAGUACAACUCACACAACACUCACACCGACUGUGUCAGAAUCGGGCUGGAAUGUCUUGGUUUGUGGCAUCAACUAACAACAUUCCACUGAGGAGCUGGUUUUCUUGCAACACAUCUGUGCACUGUGUUUUCAAAACCUGUUACUGCGGAAGUUUAAAACAUUUAGACUGAUUCCUAGUUUGUUUAGGUGGUUGACUCCUUUCGGUUUUGACUUUUUAAAGUCAAAUUAGGCAGCAUUAUUUAUUUUAAUAGAAGUUUGCUGUGUCCUGACUGACUUAGGACAAAAGAACAUUGUGCAUGUGAUGCUUUUGUAUUGUGAUCCGCCUCAGACGGUGUCGAGUAUCUGAGUUUCCCUUAAGCUGUAUCAAAGAUAGACGUUGAAAUUAGUUUGUGUAACGGAGCUUGUUCCUGUUUUAGGUUCAGUAUCUUUGUUUUGGGCUUUGAAACCUUUGAAGACACAAGUCAGCUGUUUAAGAAAACAUGGACAUCCUGACAUAACUUGAGGAAAAGUUUAAAGUGAUGUUUUUCCAUAAUGGUUUUUUUUUUAACAUUGUAAACUUGAUUUCAUGACACACGUUACUUUAGGCCUCUUAAGGCAGAGAGGCUUUGUGUAAUCAUGACACCAGUUAAGUCACAUGUAAAUGAACUUUCUCUCUCACACGUUUAUUAAUCUGAGGCCUCAUUCAGUUGGUCACCAGUGUGGUGAAGUGUUGCUGUAGCAUUGAGAUUUUGCUAGCUAAUAGUCUGUUUUUACAGUUUUUCACAUUUAAUAAAGCUCUUCACUGUA